AAUAAACAUAUCUGUUAUUUUUUCUUCGGUAUAUAAGUCUGUUUUCCUAUAGUUUCCCACGUAUCCUGCUCCGUAUGCUGACAAAUAAAAAUAAUUCUCUUGUCAUUUUCUUCGCUGAUAAAAAAUCGUACGUGCGUAAAAAUCAACACGGAAACGUUACUUUUAACAUGCGUCCUAACGCGUAUUCGUAUGGCACAGUUUGGAAUUGGACUUGAUUCAAUCGUCUAUCGUCUCACUUAACUUGAUUUUGUGCACCACGCGCGCAGGAUAACGUACUUCUCGUUCUUGAGUACACGAGCACUCAUUCUUUAGCUCAAUGUAAACAUUCGGAACUGCAGCGAACGGAAAAUAAUCGUGACGAACAAAAAAUACGGGAGAAAAAAAAUAAACCAAUGAAUAAUGAAAAUGAAUAGAUAAAUCUAAAUAAAUCGCAAACGUGGAGAAACAUACGAAAAUUUCUGUCUUUAAUAAUUCAUUAAAAAAUCAUCCCAAUUGGAAAUGAGAAUAGCAAAAUCGACGUUGGUCUUCCUUAUUUUUAUACUCAUGCUCUCGAUUUUUGUGGCGAACGUUGCUGACCUUAUAAAUGUAAAUUCGCCCAGUGUGCACGAUAAACCGUUUUUCAAUGGCCCUGAAAAUACUAAGCCGAUGUGGACAGAGCCAAGAAAAUAUCAAAUUGGUGAUUCCAUGAAUAAUCUUAUGUGGUUUCUGCAAAUUUCAGACUUGCACAUCAGCAUUUUUCGGGAACCAUCUAGAAUUAAUGAACUUAAAGAAUUUUGUGACACAACCGUCAGCGCUUUGACACCUUCUGUUGUACUCGCAUCAGGCGAUUUGACUGAUGCAAAAACCCAAGAUGGAAUGGGAUCUAGGCAAAUAUUGGCAGAAUGGAAAAAUUACAAGCAAAUCCUCGACGAUACAAAAGUCACAAAAAAAACCAUAUGGCUUGACGUCAGAGGGAACCAUGACAAUUUCAAUGUUCUCCAUGAAAAUUCGACGGACAAUUUCUACUCAAAUUAUUCAAUCCAAGGGAAAAACUAUCCAAGAUCUUACAUGCAUCAGAUCAAAGUUGGCAACGAGAAAUACAGUUUUGUUGCGAUAGACGCUUGUCUGUCACCAGGUCCGAGGAGACCGUUUAAUUUUGUUGGAGCUCUUGAUGCAAAAGAAAUUGAAAAGAUUCAUCGGCUCGUUGCUCAAUCCCGAAAGAGAGAGACGGAUUACAUUUUCUGGUUCGGUCACUAUCCAACUUCUUGCAUAAUAGCUCAGUGCGAAGAUGGAGUAAGAAGUUUGAUAGGUAGAUACAGCGAGAGCAUGGUUUACAUGUGCGGCCAUUAUCACAUGCUUGGUGGACUUGUUCCUAACAUGUACACGUUGCAACAAGCCGGCUUUUUAGAGCUUGAGCUAGGAGACUGGAAAGAUAAUCGACUGUAUCGCCUCGCUGUAAUAGACCAUGGCCAAUUCUCGUUCACUGACAUAAAGCACCAAGAGUGGCCAGUGGUAUUAGUCACCAAUCCAAAACACGCUCUUUACGUGAUGCCUCAAAAAGAAAAUUCACAGUCCAUCGUUGAAUCCACGCACAUCAGAAUAUUGGCAUUUUCGCUGUCUCCGAUUAAAUCCGUGCAAAUUAAAAUCGAUGAAGAUCCCUGGAGAGACUGUUAUCACGUCAAAGGACCACUUUACGCAGCCAAAUGGAAUCCCAUCGAUCAUAGCAGCGGAAUUCAUCACAUAAGGGCCCUCGUAAUCGACGACAUUGGAAGACGGAAAGAAGUACUCCAGCCUUUCACACUGGACGGCACUCGAUUGUCUUUUCGAGUAUUACCAAGAUUAGUGCUCAUGUCAAAUGCCAGUACCAUCUUUCAGUUAUUCUUUGGCACGAUCCUCCUUGUUUUAAUCGUACCACUUUGCUUGCUGCGCUGCCUUCAUAUACUCUGUGAGCGAAAUCGGAUGAUACGACCAAGACUUCGAACACCAAUUUUCGGUUGGUGGGCCCGAAAAUUAUGGAUCCUUGCGACCAUCGAUCGGCUGUUUUUUCCGUUGGUUUUGUACGCUCUUUAUCUUGCCAUCGGUCCGUGGUCCGUGGGCGAAGUAAUAGAGAAUCAAAUUGGCGUAGUUUUCGCCUGGGGGAUGUUUAUCGGCGAUGUUUAUUUGCCAGGCUCGUUCACGUAUGCCUAUGGAUUUUUUCAAUUAUUCUCUUUCCAUUUACCAUUGAUGAUGAUCCUCGCGCAUCGAGUCGAGAAACGGUUUGACACGAUCGAAAAACCACUGGGCAAACCACCAACGAUCUUUCGUUUACUUUGGAGGCACUUUCCAAUUGUGUUACUCAUCACCAUGCAAUCGUCUAUGGUAUAUUUUUUCUGGCUGGCGUAUGGUACCCUUGCCGUUGUCUUAUGCCCUUUGAGAACUUGGAGCAUAAUUCUGGCGAUUUGCUUAUGGUAUCAGGCGAAUAAGAUGCCUCAAAGGUGUUUGAGACCGGCUGCAAGAGUAUGGUCAACUUCUGGACGAGUUGCGAGUUACGAAGCGAACGAGAACCGAAGAAAUUCCGAUGAUUAUAAGUAAUUCUGAAGGGCGAGAUUCCCGGAGAAUGCGUGAUUUUCUGAAACAGUGAUUUUUCAUUCUAUAAGUACUUUUGAUCUGUUCUUUUUGACUUUUUUUCGAGAACAUUGAGACAUUUGCUAUUCAUAUUAUUUUUCGAUGAUUUUCUUUGCGAUGGAUAAUCAAGCAUGUACUGAAAGCAAUUUUAGUGCUCAUUUGAUUUGUGGUAUUUUGGAUGCGCACACAAACCCGAAUCUCCAAGUUCCAGAAAACUGGAGCUUUUAUUCCGGAUCUGUAGUCUUCUUUGAAACAUAUUGAAAGAAGGAAAAUAUUAGAAUUUCUAUAAGCUUCAUAUCGAAAAUUCCUCUGAGCCUGAAAUAUUCUUCAUUUAUUAUAUUAUCAAAGAAUUCAAGUUUCUUCUUCAGUUUUAUUUACAAAAAAAUUGUCCUCCUAAUAGCCGCUCCGAGAGGUGGCGAUGAAUAGUUGAAUAACAAUUGCUUCGUAGCAUGUGCUUCAAUAGUCGUAUAGAGAUCGUGUCGAAACAGUUUAUUGUGCCAUUCGUUUUCCAACAAAAAGUUUAUAAUUUUUAGUCACAUUUUGUUGAGAGCCGAUGUUUCAUUCGGGGGACACGAGAACUAGAGAAAUGAAAAAAAAAAGGGUACGCGAAAAGAAAAAUGAGUCACAGCUAAUCGAGCCUGAGAUUCCGCUGAUCAUUAGACAAACUUGUACUAUAUUUUUAUACGUAUAACGAGUUCCAAUGGAGCUUUGUUAAUUUAUUGAUAUAUAGAUCGUUCUCACCGCCUUAGACGUUUUUUGUAGUUAUUGUGAUAUUCAACUUUCAUGUAUUAUCAUUGUAGAAUUACGAAAAUAUGUGCAGCCUGUUUAAGGCUGAAUUCUCAAUUGUGUCAACUUCGUUUCAGGACUGAAAUACCGAGUCGAAAAGUAUCAGCUUUUUUCAUGAAACUUAAUGAUUUCUUAGUUUUGAAAAAGAAUUAAAAAGUCCUGAACUAAUUGACAAAGAACGUGUUGAUGAUUUUCGAGCCUCGCAUAACGAAGUAGAAUCGGUUGUUUCCUAGAAGAAAUAUAGAAAAUACGUCAGAAAAAAGAAUCAAUCCGUAGAAAAACUUAGUUUCGAAUAGGCCUUCUUCGAUGAACUUUCAAGACUAAGUUACUGAAGACAGAAAAGAGCAUUAAACUUGAUAGUUAAUUUUGUGCUUAUAAUUGUAAAAAGUAAAAGUUUAAAGAAAUGAAUCAUUUAAGAAACGAUCUAAAGUUUUUGGACUCAAAAUAUUGCUCCGAAAUCAGGUUUGCAUCGUUAUCCAUUCAGCCCAGUCUGAACCCUAGACGAUGAUUGCUGUGAAAAUAUGACACAAUGCCUAUGUAGUUUUCCUUGCAAUCUUUCAGCGUUGACAUCCUUCAAAGUGUUGAUUUAACUAAUGAAAGUAUAUUAGACUUAAAUAAUUGCGUUUACACUGGUUCACACGCCUCGCGUGUCAUCAUAGUUGAGAAUUAAUACAUAUUGUAUUACGUGGUAUAUUUAUUGCAAUAACAAUAUAUGAAUGUAUAUAAAUGAAUUAUUAUUACAUACACGUGUAUAUUCGCUGAGAGUGUAGACUGUACCGAGUAGAUUUAUGUUGCUGAAAUGUCGAAGCAACUGUUACAACAGUGUGCCAAUAAAAAUCUUGAGAAAUGUU